AACAACACUCACUGUCGCCUCCCAACCUUCCUCUCCCCUCCCCCACACUCAUUCCAACAACACUCCACACCACGCAUACCCUCUUAACCUAGUCACCUACUCGACAAGCACACGGCUGCUUAAUCAACGCGCGCGCGUGACACCGACACACUCACAACUCCGACAUCGCACCGCCGCACCGCUCUCGCACACCCCCGGCCCGCCCGAGCAAACCCGCACGCUAGCGACACCACCAACCGCGACGUGCCCAGCUCUCUCCCUUCCACUCCCUCUUCCCUCGCGACUAUCAAUCGCUUCCCUCGCACCUUCUCACUUGAUCCUCUCACAAGCCACAGUGUAUAAGCACAAUGGCCGAGUCUCACAACGCACCUGUGGCUAAUCCGCCGACCGGCGGUGGUGGUGGUGGUGCUCCUACUGCCGGCCCCCCCCAGCAGCCCCCCACUACCACCCAGGCGCCGCCGCCCCCAACCACGACGUCGGCCGCUCCCCCUCCCACCACGACCCACGAGACGACAACACAGGCGCCGCCUCCCACGACCACUUCUGAGGCCCCUCCCCCUUCGUCGACCACCACGUCGGCUACGCCCUCAUCUGAGGUGCACUCGUCCGCAGAGCCGACGACGACAUCUGCCGCUCCUACGACUUCUGCCGCUCCAUCCUCUACCACGACGACGACGUCCAGCGCUGCCCCUACCACGAGCGCCACCCCUUCGUCGUCGUCCAUCAUCCAGUCGUCGACCAACUCUCCGUCGACCGUCGUUAACACCCAGACGGUUACCCAGCCUGGUCUCGCCACGUCGUUCAACAAGCCCUCGGCUUCGGCUGACGCUGCUGGUGCUGGCAAGAACAACGGCAGCUCAUCGGGUCUCGGUGCCGGUGCCAUUGCCGGUAUCGUGAUUGGUGUCCUCGCCGCCGUCAUCAUUGCCGCCCUCCUGCUCACCCGCUACCUCCGCAAGCGCAGCCGCGCUCGCCGCAGCAUGCACCGUGCGUCAAUGUUCGAGCCAUGGCAGACGGCUGCCGCCGAGGAGGAGCCCUACGAGAAGGCCACGUACCCCAUGCAGGAGACGGCCACGCCUUCGUACCCUCCUGGCCAGUACCCCGCCGACUCCAACUACUACGGCAACCAGUACCCCGAGGGUGGCUACGUUGGCCAGGAGGGCUACGGCGCGUACCCCGCGUUCCCUGCUCCUGGACAGUACGCUGACGGAGCUGCUGCCGGUGCUGCCGGUGCUGCCGGUGCCGCCGCUGGCGCUGGCGCCUACGGUGCUGGUCAGUACGGUGCCGAGCACGGCUUCAACCACGCCGACCCCGCCGCCGCUCAGCGCGACGUCGUCGCACCCCACGGAGCCACUUCCCCUGUCAACCACACCUCGGGUCUUCCUCUUGCCGCUGGCGCCGCUGCUGGUGCCGCUGUCGCUGGUGGCGCUGCCGCCGCCGCUGCCUCUGGCGGUGCCGCUGCUGGCGGCGCUCCUGGUGCGCUGCACGACGGCAUGAUGGUUCGCGUCAAGGUCGGAUUCGUCCGCUCGCUCGAGGACGAGCUUGCCAUCACCCAGGGCCAGCAGCUCUACCUGCACACUUCUUACGAUGACGGAUGGUGCCUGUGCGAGGACGAUGCCAACAACCGCGGUGUCGUUCCCGUCAGCUGCCUCGAGCCCUGGACGCAGUAAGCGCGUUUUGGCUUCUGCUCAGCCGAGACGCUGCGACAUCAUCAUUGUACCGGGCCAUGGCCCCUUUGCCCCACCGCAGUGUCUCUGCUGCCCCUCAGCCGUAGAGAGCCUAGUAGAACCGGGGGAGGUGCGUCCCAUCUCAGUCGAGAGGCAGCCAGGACACUUGCGGACAUUUUCGCUUCUUCAUGCCACACAUACCCCUUCCAUACAGCCUACGCUCAUUUGGUACUUCGCCUAUGAUAGGUCGGAAUGUAAGAUUGAUACGAGA